GCACUGCCUCGCCAUGCCGACCCUGCCGUGUCUGCUGCUGCCGCUGCUGCUGGCGCUGUGCUCCGCGCUGCCGGCGCCCGGAGACGUGGCGGACGACGCGGCGAGGCAGCUCAGCAAGGACUGCCUCAGGGACAAGAGCGGCGCCGCGUGCUUGCAGCUGGCUCUACAGGAGGACUCCUACCAGGUGUCGGAGGACGUGGCGCUGGUGCCCACCUCGCGCCAGGAGCCCCCCGCGCCCCGCGGCGGCCGGGACCUGCUGGACCGAGUGCAGGGCUUCCUGCAGUCACACGACCUGCUGCUGUCCCUGCCGGGGGACAGCUCGCUGCGGCUGUCCGCGCGCGGCCUGGCGGACAACCAGCUGGACCUGAGCCUGCGCCUCGGCCAGCAGGAGGGUCGCCGCAGCAAGCUCAGGAAGAUCAUCACGCCCAUCCUGGUGUUCGUGCUGCUCAAGGCCAUUACCCUCAUCCCGCUCUUCAUCGGCGUGCUGGGGCUGAAGGCGUGGAACGCGCUGCAGCUGUCCUUCUUCUCGUUUGUGAUCUCGGUGGCGCUGGCCAUCUUCCAGCUGUGCCGCAAGAUCGCGGCAGAUGCGGCGCAGCAGCCGCAGAUGGCGGCGCACGGAGGCUGGGACAGCUACGCGGCGGCGCGCGCGCUGGACCUGGCCUACCGCGGCCACGCCCCCUGACACCGCUACCCCUCUGUCCACUCACCCCCUGACCCUCUGAGCGCCUGUAUUUAUGUCCCUGCCGCCUGCGCAAUAAACUGCUCUCCGAGCCCUCCCUA